UACAGGGCCGGGCAGCGGCACAGCGGGAGCCGCGGGCGCGGAGCUCCGGGCAUCGCCCCCGGGGCGGGCAGUGCCCACCGAGCGAAGGCAGGGCCGGGCGGGCGGGCCGUGUGUGCGAGGUGUGACACCGCUUUGUGCGAGGUGUGACACCGCUUUGUGUGCAGCGUGUGCGAGCUGUGACAUCGCUUCGUGCGCGGCUCCCCCGCCCCAGCCCCGCACUGAGCAUGUGCCGGAGCGCCCCCCGCCCGCGGGCCCCGCACCGAGCACCGAGCACCGAGCGCCGCCGCAUGGGCUGAGCGAGCCCCGCCAUGGAGCUCCGCAGGUCCAUCUCGGCCAGCGCCGAGGCCGAGAGACCCAUGCGGCGCUACGGGGCGGUGGAGGAGACCGAGUGGAAGGCGGGGGCGCUGGGCAGAAAGCAGCUUGACAUCAUUUCCAUGGCUGAGACAACGAUGAUGCCUGAGGAGAUCGAGCUGGAGAUGGCAAAGAUCCAGAGGCUGCGGGAGGUCCUGGUCAGGAGAGAGUCAGAGCUCAGGUUCAUGAUGGAUGACAUCCAGCUGUGCAAGGACAUCAUGAACCUGAAGCAGGAGCUGCAGGGUUUGGUGGCAAUCCCAGAAAAAGAGAAAACAAAGAUGGAGAAGCAAAGAGAGGACGAACUGAUCCAGAAGAUUCAUCGACUGGUGCAAAAAAGAGAUUUUCUUGUAGAUGAUGCAGAGGUGGAGAGAUUACGGGAAAAAGAAGAAGACAGAGAGAUGGCCGAGUUCCUUCGCACCAAGUUAAAACCCACAGACAAAGCAACACAGUCUCCUCCCAGCAGCCCAGCAGAAAAGAAGGCAGAACCUCCUCCAAGCAAGCCCACCAUUGCCAAGGCAGGCUUGACAAUUAUUAAAGAUUGUUGUGGGGCCACCCAGUGCAACAUCAUGUAGAGCCCUGGGGCUCCUGCCUGCUUGUCUUGUCAGUGUUUCAUAGAGAGAAGGGGCUGGAGAGGGGACCAGGAGCCUCCUGCUGAGGAGCAGCUGCAGUGGGAGCCAAGGAUGGACAGUGGCAGGUUCUCACUGUUGCAUGGAUCACUCUACAUGCAUGCCUAAAACAAAAGAAAUCUGUGUAGUGGCUGCCCAGGGACCAGAAGAGAUCAGCAGUAGAGUCAACACAAAACCCCCUGUGAUACAGGUGAAUGAAAAGGGGCUGUAUUUUAUCCAGAAUGGUGUAAAAAAGCAAUUUUAAUAGGCUAUAACUUUAGAAGAAUAUGUUGUACACUUUCCCCCCCGUGGCAAACUGCACUCAAAAAUGCCAAAUGAUCCCAUUUUGGCUCCUUUUCAGAACAAAAGCCACAAGAAGCUUACACAAGAAUAUAUAUAUUCUAUAUAUAGCACAGCUGAUAGAGGAAACAACUGCAGGAUAACUGAUGUUGCAGAUUCAAAACACCAAACUUGUGUGAUGUUCAGCUGCUUUGCUGUGGAGUUUCAAAUUCUUCCCAAAGAAUGAGAUCAGUGAUAAGGAUGCUGCAAGUAGCUACAGGUUUUUAUAUCCCAUUUGAUAUCUGAAUUACUCAACUCAAAUUAAAAUUGCCUGCACCAGGGGAAAUAAAUCCCUGGCAAAGCUUUAGCAAAGCACAGCUACAGUAAUCUGCAAAUUGAUGAUGCAGCCCAAGGCUGUGUCACUUCAGUUUUAGAUCUCCACCUGCCAUGAAGUAAGAGAGAUAUUCACCCAGGGUUUUGUCCUUCUUACAAGCUACAUGCAGCAGGAGUUACACGUCACUGAGAGAUUGCUGGGAGAAGAACAGAAGACAAAAAUUAACUAAUAUUGAAACCAUGCUUAAAACAAGUAUUAAUUGUACAUUUUGUGACCACAAGAAAUAUAAACUAUCCAUAAAAAAGCAUAGGAAGACACAAGACACCCAAGACAAAUUGGCCACAAGACAAAGAUACAAAUACAAAAAUAGGUAUUUGUGGCAGGAAGAUCACAUUCUAUAUAAAAUGGGUUUAAAAUUAAGGGAAAUACAGAAAUAUUUGUCUGUGUUUCACCACUAAGUGUGUUUCUGGUCUCUAUGCAGAUUAAGCCUUGUGGAAUCUAAUAUCCUUAUAUUAGCUGUCAGUAGCUGGUUUGUCUGUGUGAUGGUAUUCCAUAUAAAUGUACUGUGAUAGGUGUAAAUAGUAAAAUAAAUGUACAUGGAUCUAGUGUGACAAUCUCAGGCUUAGAAAUAACAAAAGAUAGCAAAAAGUUCCUAAAAUAACGUUUUGCAAAAGGAACUUCCAUUUUGUGAAGCCAGCUAAGUGAAGUGUGUGCUUAUAUACCAAGGAACCACAGUAAAGGAGAGGAGAAAAUAUUAACAGCAGUUACCCCAAAAGGAUAAACAGUUAUUUUUUUAGAAAGAAAAAGUAUCUUAUUAAGGUUGAAGGCAAUAGACACCAUCUAAAGUAACUCAGACUAUUCUCAUACAAAUAAAACCUAAUCCCUAGCACUGAUUUGAUGAAAGCCACUUGCAUUUCCAGAAUUAUUUCAGUAUUGCAGACUCACUUGAGACAAAGAACCAACGUCACUAAGUACCUUAAGGUUUAAGGAAAAAGAGGAAAAAAUACAAAAGUUUUCCACUAAGACAUGAAGCACUUUAAUUACUUGGACCAAAGAUGCAGGAAGGAGAGCAAAGGCCAAGCCUCAUCAAUGGCUGUUGCAUCCUUGUUGAGACACCACCACAUUCAGCUCUGGGGCUGGUAAAAUCUGGACCUGGUGAGGGUUUGGACUCUGCACAAACAGUUACAGGGAAAACUGCUGUUGGGGGAGAGGACACACACUGAGAGGGAGGGAAACACCCACUGGCUUCUGAGACCAUCCACAGCCUCUUGCUGGGGUCCAGCUCAGGCACAGGAACUGUCAGAUCUGAAGACAAGGGGCUGAUGUUCAGGGUCCCUGCUAAAGGCACAUGGAAGGCAGGGGAGAAGCACCAAACUUCAAACCUUAGGGGAUCAGCUGUGAAUGCCACUAAUAAAGGGCAGAGGGAUUUUGGAUUUAAGUCCUGCACAGGGAUGUUUCAGCCAGGCUGUGCUGAGGAUUGGGGUGAUCCCUACAGGCUGCACACAAUCCACAGGGGAAUAAGGUGAAGUCAGUGCAGUGUCGGUUUCCAUGAGAAAGUUUCAUUAGCAAGAGAGAGAGACCUUCCUGGGAAGCCACACUCAGCACCAGGCAUCACCAUCUCCUUUAAUUAAAGCCAAGGUGAAACACAGCAAGUAGGAAUGUGCAAUAUUCUCAUAGUUCAGCACUGGCAGCCAGGGCCCCAAAGGGACCUGAACUCCAGCAGUGUUAAUGAGAAUGAACUUCAUUUUCAGAAGGUUUUCUGUGUGCCAGUUUUUGUUUUUAAUUAGCAAAUGCUUCAUUUCUGUGUUUAUUUGGGUGGGUUUGAAUAGCUUGCCUGCAGUGCACAAGUGGUUCCUCCAGAAGUGGGUCAGUGCUGCUGCUUAGCAAUAAAGUCCUGGAUUUUUUACACUGCAAGGUCAGAUUCAGUGUGUUCAGCACUGGUUUAGUGGUGCCUGUCUAGAACAAGCAGAGCCCUUAUGGCUGAUGUCAAAGCUAAUGUCUGCAAUUAAACAAAUUAAACUUAGCAAGGAAUUAAGUGUAAAAAUCAUGACCCUUCUUUUUAAGAAAUGAAACUAAAUCACUGAAUAUCCCAAGGAAAACUCGGGGCUCUGUAACUUCCAUGAUCCUGUGAGCACAACACAUUGUACAAUCCCCAUAUAUAAACUACAUAAAACCAUAUAUACCAGACUGGCAUCUUCAGGUGACUAUCUGGAGUAACUGGCAUCAUUCCAGAGUUGAUUUUCAGGUAUCAGCCCUGUCAGCACAGGGACAUUGACUGAAGCACCCAAUAUCUCUUCUGGAAAUCCUGGCUGUUUGUCACUUCAGGAGGAAGGCAAGGCACUGGAAAGGAAGAAUGUGAGGAAGAAUGCUCCAGGAGGAUUUGACACACUCCAGUAAACAGAACUGUGUUCAGGAAAGGAUCUUGGUCUACUGAGAAGAACAGGAGUGCUGAAGUGCUACUUGUACAAACCACCAAUUGCACCAGCAAAUGGUUCUCUUGUACCUUCCCCUGAGCCCCUGAAUCUCUUCCAAGUUAAACAUUUCCAAAUAAACAAGCUGCUGUGUUAUA